AAAGCGUAUAAUAAAUGCGGUUUCAAAAUGGCUGUGGUCGGUUGUUUGAGCCGCUUGUUUCAAGCCGUACCACAUAACUAUGGACAUUUUAAACAAAGUGUCACAGGCAACUUCACACAGACCAGAUGGAAGAAACAGCAGAACAGGCCACGACUUCGCCAACCAUCUUGGUUUCUGAAGAAAGAGCGUGUUCAAUACAACGAGAACCUGACGCCGGAGAACAAGCUGUUCGUGAAGGAGAUAGUGGAGGAGAGGUUCGGGCCGGCGGCGGUGGUCGGCGGGGUGAGCACCUACCAGCAGAGCCCGCUGAGGAACCCGCCCCUGGGGAGGGGCACGUGGGCCCCGGGGCUCCGGAGGACGGGCGUCAUCGCCCGCAAGAUCGGCGUCUACCCCAUGUGGACGAGCAACGGCUCCAAGAUCCUCUCCACCCUGCUGCAGGUUGUGGACAACCACGUAGUUCGGUACAUCCCGCCUGACCAGUACGACCCGCCACGCAAGCCCAGGAAGAGACUACGUUUCGAAAACAGGCUGGGCUGCCUGGUUGUCGGAGCAGAGAGCGAAGACCCUCAGGUCUUCACGAAAGAGUACUGCGGGCUGUUCUCCGACUCUGGAGUGAUGCCCAAAAAAAUCCUGGGCAAAUUCUUGGUCUCGCCAGAGGCUGUGGUCCAGCCGGGAACGCCUCUGUAUGCAUCCCACUUCAAAGUUGGACAGUACGUCGACAUACGUGGCAAAACGGUGGACCGCGGCUUCCAAGGCGUGAUGAAGCGGUGGGGGUUCAAGGGGAUGCCCGCGUCGCACGGAGUCACCAAGACCCACCGGCGGCCGGGCAACAUCGGCGGCGGCGGGGAGAAGGCCCGGGUGUGGCCGGGGACGAAGCUGCCGGGCCACAUGGGCAACAAGCACAAGAUACUGCGCGGCGUCAAGAUUCUCAGAAUAAACACCAAAUACAACGUUAUAUGGGUCAAAGGGCCUGCAGUAGCCGGUGAAACUAACAGCGUUUGUUACAUCUAUGACACUUUCCUACCUUUGAAGAAAUUGGAGGAAGCGCCUUAUUUUCCAACAUUUUAUCCAGAGGACUUGGAGGAGCCUUUGCCAGAUGAAAUGUACUCUGAAGAUAUUCAUCCGUUCUCAACGCCAACCAUAACUUUCCAGGAUACUAAGUGAACAUAAAAAUAAAGUGUUUGAUUUGUAAUUUAAAACAAAAGAACUCUAACAGACUUGUCUUACUGCAAAUCUUUUUUUGCUGAAUUCACGGAUUUAGCACACUAUUUUCAGUGAAACGUUCUAUUGUACAGAUUAUGGUUUGCAAGUAAACAAAAAAAAAAAGACAGUACAGUAUGCAGAAAGUUUAAA